UCGACCUCACCUAGUCGACCCUCACCUUAUCUCUACCCUUUUCAUUCUCUCUCUAUAAUAAACAGAUCUAAAAACCUUUCCUCGCCGUUCCAGAGAAAAGGAGAAAGAAAAGAUGGAUAAUCGGUGUCUACUGUUGAUUUAUCUGCUAGCUGCUAUCAUCUUACUUCCUGCAAUAUUAUUAUCAAGGGAUGAUAAAGAGUUUACCUUCUACAAACUCAGCUUCCGAUGGCCACCUUCUGCCUGUAACCAGGGCAGUCUAAAGUGUUUACCUGAUACCCUUGGGUAUUUUACCAUCCAUGGUUUAUGGCCAAUGUAUGAGGAUGACACGCAAGUGCCUGCAUAUGAUUCCAAAAAGAACAAGUGCACCGAUGUCACUCCUACAGACCCCAAAGAUCUUCUGCCUCUAUUGAAGUCCAUCGAAACGACUUUGCAAAAAUAUUGGCCAAAGUAUAACAACUAUGCAAAUAUAAACAUGUGUGCAGAAAGUUGGAAACAUGAAUGGAAGAGCCACGGAAUUUGUUCAGAUUAUCCGGCCGACGAGCCUGCGGAAUACUUCGGCGCUACCUUAACACUUGCCCAAAAUUAUAAUUAUGAUCCAUUAAAAGGCACAAAGGUUGUACCUCGAGAAGAGCCUUAUCCAGCAAUAGAGAUUGUGAAUGCUGUCAAAGAAAAAGUUAAAGCAACUCCCCAAAUUCAAUGCAAUAAAAAGGACGGAACCCUCCAGUUGCUGGAAAUUCGUUUAUGUUUUGCUAGGGCAAAGCCUCCUGGCCCCCCCAUCGACUGCCCACACACAUUUGACCCACAAGGCGUCUGUAAACAGGAGACUGACCUUAUAAAGUUCACUCCUGCACCAACAGAUUCGCAUGGAUAUAACCAGCAUUUCGAGGUAGGAAUGGAUAUGAAGAGUAGUUUCAAGUGAGGACGUAUAACGAAUAAGAAUAUAAAUCUUUGGAGCUAUCUGUACAUAUUUUUGAAAAUAUGAUAAGAAAUAAGCAGCUCCGGCCUUGUACUUUGGACUUUCUUAAUAAAAUCACAUAUAUCUACUAAAUAAUAGAGGUCCAUUUUAUAACAAAUGGAAUUCAUUC